AACCUUCAACUCACUCUUCCUUACCCAUCAACGACAUACAUAUCAACAAUACAGCUUGAAGCUUAUAGACAAACCGAUUAAAAUAUUACUUUGAUAUUGAUAUAUCCAUUACCUCAAAUCUUGUUGUCCUACCGGUAUUACCUUUGUCCACUUACCAAGGUCUUGCCCGGAAUUGUUUUCAGUAUUACACAGUCAUCGACUAAAUAGAUCUCGCCCUCGAUUCAAUAUGAAUACAAGACAGCACGAUACUCCCGGUAGCAGACCGACCCGGGUGCAAAAAACGCCACGUAUCUAUACCUGCUCCGUCUGCCAGAGACAGUUUAAGAGAAGUGAGCAUUGUUCAAGGCAUGAACGUGGUCGUGAGUACAAUCAAUUCUGUGCGAGUCAUGCUAGUUCCUUUGUUGAUUCAAGCUUCAACUUCUAGAUACACAAGAGAAACCAUUCCCUUGCAGAUUAUGCGGUCGUAGAUACGCGCGAAAGUAUGUUCUAAUGAUGCGCGAAUAUCACAUUCGCUAUAGAGGAUCAUGUUGAUUAAUUUCUUAUCUAGGGAUGUCGUCAUACGACAUGAAAAGUCUUUUCACCGUCUCGAAAACCCGAGGCGUCAACAACCUCCUCCUCCCCUUCAACCAUCAUCACCAGAUCUUGAUGCCGACUCUGAGCCCUUCACAGAUUCAAUCAUAGUCAAUACGCAUAAUCAUCUUACAGAACCUCAGCUCCCGAUGCCAAUGAAACUUGAGCAGCAUGAAACACCAGAAAUGCAAUCUACAUUAGACCCCUUACUGCGAGAACAUGAUGCGCAGUUGGCUGGGCAUUCAAGUUCCUCUGGGCCUCAUAUGAAUGGACAUGGCGGGACAAAUCAUGGAUUUCAACAGUAUCAAAAUGGUUUCAUAGACCCAGCUUUGGACAUUUCUGAUCUCUUCGGACCUUCACCAAAUCUAAUAGCUCGAACUUGACAGUAAUUGAUUUACUGGAGCAAAUACAAUAAAUUUCAUAGUUUCGCAAAACGCAUUACGAAAUUCGACGAUAUUACGAUAAAUACAAUUCUGGGGACUGGGAUAUCAUGAUCCGGUGUUGUGGUAUACGCAAAGAGCAAGACUUGAAAUUUUUUAAGUAACUUUCUCUUGUGCGAUUUUGCAGGACAAUGUUGUCGAUUCGAGAUGUUACUCCACUGUCAUAGAGGUCUCGCUCAAAGAUGUGAUUUCCCAUCUCUUUUUUCUUUGGGUGAUUUUGCAUCCACAGCUUUCAGAUAACCAGUGAGGAUUUGCACUGGUAGGGGGUUUUCACUAUUUGAUUCCUUUGAAGAUACCUCAUUCAUGCACUUCAAGAGCAUCAGACUUAUUUCUACCCAUUAGCUCAAUUCAGAAGCUGCAAGAUUUUGAUGAAUGCA